AUGCAUCAGCAAUCUCGCCAUCCGCCGAGGAUAUCAUCUCCGGCUUCCUCCCCCCAGACAAACCCCGCGCGAACCAACAACCCGAGGGAUCGAAUUCGUUCCGGGUCCGACGCUGCGAGUCAUGAUGGCGGCCGAUCCGACAGCGCCGAGAGCUUCGGGUCCGGCCCCAGCAGAGACUCGAUAAAGAAGCUGGACCAAAUUGUGCAGAACUUCUACUACAAGGUGGCCGUGGUGAUUCUCCAGUCGCGGCUCAAUACGACGCCGGUCGGGAAUGGGAAAAAGAACCGCUGGUUUUCAAUCGAUACGGACGAUAUCGAAGACUUCGCGGCCGAACUCGGGGUAUUCAAACAAUCAGGCAGCUUCGAGAACCGACCGCCGCCUUUGAUUAUCGAGACAUACAUCGACGCCUCCCGGCUUAAUAGCAGCCAGAGCUUGGUGAUUGUCGACGACAACGGCAAGCGAUGGGAUGUCCUGGAGGCUCUGAACUCGUCCGACACAUCUGACGACAGCCCCCAACGACGCCAUGCCCAGAAGCGCAAUGCCGAGGUGAUCCUGGAGCGAUGGAGGUUGGAGCUCAAGUGCCUGCCGGGCCCGGUGCGCGAUGAGUUUGGCCCUACCCUACCGACCGUGUACAAGCGGAGCAUUGUCUUCUUCCGCUCGCUGUUCCUUGCGGCGCGCAUGAUGCCUUGCUUCAAGUACUCGCAGCAGGCGCUGGCCAAGGGAAUCCAUCCGGCCCUCGAGGUCCGGUGCCGAGUCCGGAGCGCCGAUCCCGAGUACGCAACCUACGACCCUCUCCGGCAACCCCUGCACGACGGGCAGGACGCCGUCACCGAGUAUGUCUUCGCGGACCUCGAAGUGCCGGUUGGGCGCUUCUACGCCUCGGUUACAUACCGCAACGACUGCAACUUCCGAGUCGAGGAUGCCGAGUCGCUGCUCAGCUCCCGGCUGCUGGGGUUAGACGAGAACUAUUUCAAACCGUCCAUCUCGCAACGACGAGACCACGACCGGUAUGAGCCCUAUGUAGAACCGGGCUCUUUACCAUCACACCGGCAGGAUCGAGGGCGCCAAGGCCCACAGCAAACAUACGGGAGUUUAUCGACAUUCCACGGCGCGGGAGCCCUCGGGACGAGCCCGAUUACCGCCCUUAGGUCGGUGCGGCCUAUCGGCUCCGACACCAGCUCGCCGCCCGAGUCCAUGUCGGAGAGCGUCGAACCAACCGAACCUCCCCAUUCGCUACCAAUACGCGGCGCCGCGGGCCGUCCCGCAUCGAGGGCAUAUGAUGGGUCUAACAGGAGGCCAUCGGUCUCUUUCCAACCCUUCAAGGCCGGCUCGCUCUCCGGGUCGCCGAGGAUUCCUGACCUGGAGCCUCCAUCAUCACCCAAAUCACUUACUCGUCCCAGCACGACGGGCCCGACACGUGCCGGCAACCGCUCGUCGCUUACCAUGGGGUCGGCCGCUUCGUUGCGUGGGGCACCGCCCUUGGCCCCGGUACCCCAAGACGCACCGUCGCUCUCGGGAUCGCCACGGCCGGGCAGCCGGUACAGCAGCAGCUUUACGCAUCGGCGGAACCGGCCAUCUUUUGGCGGACAGAGCGGGCAGAGCGGACAAAGUAAGCCCGACGACGACCAGGCUAGCAGCGGGAAACAGAGCCUUUCUUCGUCCGCCCAGCCCGGGUCUGGGCUGCUCACCGAAGCGGCCGCGACAAGCUCGGGGUCAUUUGCGGCCGACGAUGACAACAUCUCGGACUUCCUGAAGGCCCUCGACAACCGGAAGACGCUCAAGAGUUUUGAGGUCAAUAAAAAGGGAGAGUCGCUGGCCUCCAAGCGCACGGCCGCGCAGCUCUCCAAGUUCCAGCAGAUGCGGGAAGCCAAUACGCUUCUCACAGAGUCUAUGACCUCGUCGAUACACCUACACCGGUCAUCCAGCUCCUCGAGCCGGCAACUUGCCAACGUCCCGAGCAUGGUAAACCCGGCUUCCAUGUCCAUCUCGUCUUCCCCGGGCAAGCCCUUGUCCCCACAUACACCACACACACCGGCCAUUCCCUCACGGCUCAGCGAGAACUCAAUCAUCGACUACCAGCCUCCCCAGCCACGGCAAGGACGGCCGAACCUCGAGCCCAGUCCGGGCGAGCAAGCCGAGCACGACGAGCACGCCGAAGACGACGACGAUAACACGCCCGUUGUGACCCAACAAGACACAGGUACCACAGGUACCACAGCCAUUGACAUCCCGCUUUCCCCCCGCCUUCUCCAUCACGGUCACCCACACAGCGCGGCCGCCAUCCGCCGUCCCAACUCUGUUGCCCAAACCCAGCAGCAGCAACAGUCCCAGUCCCAGCAACAGCCUCAGCAACAACAACAGCAACCCCACCGCUCCCUAGCCAGCGAAGUCGAGCGAGUCCCCUAUCUCCAACGCCACCACCAACGUAGCGCCAGCGUCGAACCGAGCGCCGCAGCCGACGACACCGCCGACCUCCCGACCCUCAGCACCCUCCUCGGCUAUCAGCGUGAGGACGGCUCCCGUCGCGAUGUAGGCAACGCCAACAACAACAACGGAAGCAGCAACGCCAGCGGCGGCGGUGGUAUCCCCGUCAUCGCAGGGGGAAUCGAUUCCGAUACCGACAGCGGCGCCCGCGUGUCUGUCGAACGCCGAGGUCCCGCUAGUGCCGGUCCCGGUCUGGGUUUGGGCAUGGGCCUUGGCAUGGGGAGUACCUCCGUAGGCUUGAGACGGCCCAGCCUCGGCAGCAGCGGCGGCAGCGGAAGCGGGAGUAUCGGUGGCGCGGCUCUCCGAGCGGGAGGUGGUAUCUACCGACCGGCUUCCGCAUCGGGUAUCGCUUCCAGCGGUGGUGGUGGUGCGAAUCUCAGCGGGGCUACGUUGUCUGGAGGAGGAGGUGGAGGCAGGGGUAGGGGCAGUGGAAGCGGUGGUAGGCAUUACGCGGGGAGUGUGGAUGGAGCGGCGGAUGAGGAACCGUUGCUUUUUGCUAUGAGUGAGUUGGAGAGGGAGUCUACCAGGCGCGGGUCGGAUGAGGGGGCUGGGGGGAUGUCGUUGCAGGGCCGGUUGUUGGGGCAUGGGUCUGGUAAUGGUUCUGGACAUGGGCGUGGGCUGGAGAGGGGGGCGGGUCUAGGUCAAGGGAGGGGGAGUGCUUUAAGCCAGGGCCAGGGUAGGGUGAGGGGUGGUGGUUUUGGCGGCGGAGAUCAUGGGAGUGAAGAGGAGGAACAUGGUAGACGUGGAGAGGAUGCUAGUGGUGGUGAUGGGCCGUAUGAUACGCCUAGGGGGGUGUUGAGGAAGGGGUGGUAA